CAGCAAUGCAUGUAGAUACGCAAUUGCCUUCUCCGUCAGCAAUGUUUAACAAAUAUUGAGGAUGAAUUCCUGCUGCAUUUCCGCUCGCAGUUGCUCGGCAGCAGAAGGUCCCUCUGCAAGACUUUCUUCACAGCUGUAAGCCCCUUCAUCAUCCACAACCUCCUUUUCUUUCCCCUCUGCUUCACCCAUCGCUUGAGUACGUUGGUCAGCACAAGCCGAAGGCCAGGCUGAAAUCUGAACACUGCUUCCUCCCCUCUCUCCCCCAUCGUCCCUAGUCAGCACCUUCCUGAGGGUGCCCCGUUUCUCGAGGAGCCUUUGAGGGACCGUUGGGAAUCCAGGUAAACUAUUGUGCCCCGUCUUCCCUGGCCGCCCACUCGCUGGCUGUUUCAACAGAGCACAUCGCGUUAGUGGGGCAUGAGUGGUUUUUUUUUUAUUGCAGAAUAAUUGUCCCCGUCUCUCCCUUGGCCUUGCCGGCCCGUGGGGCUUAGCGUCUCUCCUCCGUUAGCCAUUACCCCUCGAUGCACCAGCUAAUGCUGCUGCUGCUCCCGUCUUGAGCACCGCAGUGCAGAGCAGCUGGAGAGAGUUAAGGUUUUAACCUUGUCCCGGCAGCCACAGGAGUGCUCGCACUGCCCUUGCGCAAGACGGCUUGAGCUGAUUUGGGUAUAAAUUAGGGAGAAGUGAUUUUCUGCAGCGCUGUGGACAGUCCCAGCUGACGAGCAGCAGCGGGGAGUUGGGGGGGACGUGUUUCCCUGCUCCCCCAAGAUUUGGGCAAGGAUGCCCAUCCGUGGGCUAAAUCCUCCCAGCUGGAGGCUGCCGCUGGGCAGACAUCAGCUUUGAACGCUGGCCUCCAGCACUGCCGUUGCCCCGAAACCGAGCAGGCGACUCAACCACGCACCCGAUGUCGGGCGUGCGAAAGCCGUCGGCCGGGAAAAGGGAGGUUCCCCCUUGGGGAAAGCAAACGCGAAGGCGCCAGAACGGCUCCCGCGGCCCUGUUGUGCGUGCACGGAGGCCGCCCAGAGCUGCCGCUUUCCGGCGGUGGCGUGGGAGGAGGUGCCAGGAACAAACUGUGGCCUAAUGCCCCACCGCCGUGCCGUAACGUGGGCCGGGACAGAUAGAUAUGUUUUUAAGCUGUUGGGAGGGGGCGUAAGGCAGCAGCUGUUGGGGCGGGGACGUGGCGCGGGGGCGGGACGGGUGCUGGGGCGCUGCUAGGCCCGGCGCCGCGCUGUGGGGCCUGCCGGCGGCCCCGCAUGGAGCCCGCCCCGGGGAAGGCGCCAGGCCGCCGCCACCGCUGCCUCGUCGCCCUGCUCGCUGGCCUCACCGCGGCCUUCUGCCUCCUGGCCUAUGCGUGGCACCGCGGGCCGGGCCCGGAGGUGAGCCGGGCCACGCCAGGGCCCACCACCACCACCACUGCCACGGUGCCGGGGCGGGCACGGCCCCCGCUGCUGGUGGUGCUGUGGACCUGGCCCCCGGGAGAGCGCUUCAGGCCGCGGAAGUGCUCGGUGCUCCCUGGCCUCCCCGACUGCCGCUUCACCACCAACCACAGCUGGCACGCGGUGGCCGACGCCAUCAUCGUGCACCACAGGGGCGUCUGUGCCGGCCCCGAGCGGCUGCCCCAGGGCCCACGGGCACCCUCGCAGCGCUGGAUCUGGUUCAACCUGGAGUCGCCCAGUCACUCGGCCAACCUGGGCGCCAUGGACAACCUCUUCAACCUGACCAUGUCCUACCGGAGGGACUCGGACAUCUUCAGCCCCUACGGGGAGCUGCAGCUCCUCAGCCAGCCCCAACCCUUCAGCAUCCCACCCAAGGCCAAGCUGGUGGCCUGGGUGGUCAGCAACUGGCAGGCAAAUUCGCACCGAGUCAAGUACUACCAGGAGCUGAAGCGGCACAUCGCCGUGGAUGUCUACGGGCAGCACCACCAGCCCCUGGCCCAGGACCAGCUCCUGUCCACCGUGGCCCGGUACAAGUUCUACUUGGCCUUUGAGAACUCACAGCAUGAAGACUACAUCACUGAGAAGGUCUGGAGGAACGCCUUGUCCAGUGGCACCGUCCCCAUCGUCCUUGGGCCACCCCGGGCCAACUAUGAGCGUUUUCUGCCCCCCGACGCCUUCAUCCAUGUUGACGACUUCACUAGCGCCCGGGACCUGGCACGGUACCUCCAGGAGCUGAGUGAGGAUGCUGCGAGAUACCAGCGCUACUUCCAGUGGCGGCAAUGGCUGAAGCCCAUGAGUAGGUCCGGCUGGGCCGCCCACCUCUGCCGGGCCUGCCAGGUCCUGCAGAUGAUGGAGGCCCGGUACCAGGUGGUGCGGGACCUGUCCACAUGGUUUGUGUAGCUCUGCCCCGUUGGGUUUGUGUUCAUCGCCUCCACCGGGGUCAGCCUCGGGCUCUGAUUCGUGGUGAGACGCUCCCUUUGCUGCAUUGCGUUUGCUUUCCUUUCGCUCUGUCUUGGUGAUGAUGUUUUUGGAGUUCACCUUGAGCACUAAAUAGCCUAAUAAACAGGCAGUUUGGUUCCUGC